AGUGUUUAUCUUUCUCUUUCCAACGCGGAAGGGGAUAAAAGGCUUGUUGUUUUCUGGGCAUCGCUUACUGCACUAGUUCACCGGUGCAGCAAUAGAAAACAAAAGGCUAAACUUCGUGUGAGCUGGUGCAGCAAGUUCAGCUAAAAAGAACAGGCCCCGUGCACCGUGUGUUUGUAACAGCCCGACUCCGCUGAUCUCCAAGCGACUGGAGAUAACAUGCCUCUUUGAAGUAACAAUCCUGCGGCGAUAAGCGCGCGCGAGGAGGCGCAAUGACGACCGUCGAGCUGAUAGCGGGAAGAUGCCUCUCCAUGUGCCCGGAAAAAGAGCGACGGAUGAGAGAGAGGGAGGGCUUGUUGCACAAAUACGAGACCGACGAGGACACCAGGCACACGAAGAGACCCAGGGCUGACCCGGCGAAAGCUGUAAAAUGCUUCAGCCGCUCCGCCGCCGGACAAGUUAUGACGGAUCCGAACUCGUUGCGGCCGCCACGCGUAUUACUAUCCACUGUCCGAUACUUGUUCACCAAGAUAAUCACGCGAACGGAUUUAGAUUGGGCGUCGAUAUACGACUUCGUAUUCGAUCGACUGAGAUCAGUACGACAGGAUGCGGUGAUUCAGAGAGUCGAUAUCGCCGCGAGUGCUCUUCUUUUGGAACCAGUUGUCCGAUUUCAUGUAUACGCUGCACAGAGGCUGUGCGAGAGAGACAUUUCAGAAUUCGACCCAAAGAUAAAUAGCAAGCAUUUGUUAGAAUGCAUUAAGCAGCUGCUCGUAUUGUAUGACCAACGGAGUCUCAAAGACGCGACAGAUGAUACGGAAGUACACAAAGAUCUCGAAAAACUAGCAUUAAACGACAGCCGGUCAGAGAUGGAAGCUAUAUAUAUUCUUCUUCACAUUGGAGAUCGCGAGGCCUUGCAAAGGGCUCUCACGCUUUCGUCAGAUUUGAAAAAAUCGCCGGCAAUUCGAUUAGCCACAAAGAUAUCACUUGCCUGGUACUUAAGAAACUACGUUUGUGUUCGUCAUCUGGUUAAGCAAUUACCUCCGAUAUUAGCUUGUGCAUUUUUCUGUAAUUUACAAAGCUUCAGAAGGAAUGUUCUGCAAAUCAUGAGUUCUGGCUACAAUAGCAAAGUGUUGACGUUCCCGGGACUGAAGUUGCAGGAACUUUUACUCUACAAAGAUAUAAGUAAGAUCCAGGCGGAUUGCAAGUUGUUUGGCUUGACGUUCACUAAUGAAAAUGUUUUAUUUCAAAAGUCACAGUUCAAUGAGCAAGUCUUGCUGGCCAAUCCUGAGAUGCAUUACACUUCUGCCACGCUACACAAAUUCAUACCAAAGAUUCUUUUAGAAUGUACUUCUAACGAUGAAUGUUGAAUUAAUUUUUAUAUAUUAUAAGUCUUUUAUAUACAAUUGUGGAAAUCCACUGGAUUCAGCAUGUAGAAUAGUAAAGUUUUAAUUUCCAGAAUAUUGAGCAUAAUAAUGAUCCAGCGUAAUAAAAUAGAAUGACGAAGUUUUAAUUUCAAGAAUUCCGAAGAUAUGUCUAAUAGAUACAUAUCGACACAUUUUUAAUGCGAUGUCUCUUUUCUUUCAAUCACAAAUUUGUAUUCGUCAUCAAGUAGUUACGUUGAAAGAAAAUUUAUUUGAUUACACGUUUUGUUUUAUAUGUAUAUCCAUUUUGGUUUUACAUGUAAAUAAUUUAGAAUUAAUUAGUAAUAAAUACUUGUUAUAUAAACCGUGAUCGUAUUCGAUUGCCAGAUAAUUAGACGACAGCAGAAUUAUUUGCGGACGAACCUAAAAAAAGAUCGAUACGAGAUACGACCUGUAUAUCUUUGUCUCUUUGUGACGAAUCUUUCGCUGCAACAACUCUUCUCUAUCUAAUACCAAUACUUCUACUUCCAUCGAUUAAAACGUUUUCGAUACAGAAAUUGUUAACUGUACAGUAACCGCUGGGUACGACUUAUAAAAAAAAGGUAAUAACGUGAUUGCAAAAAUGCUUUUUCCCUGGUCAGAAGGAUAUGGAAUUCGAAUCUCAUCUCGACAGUCAAUUCUUGUG